AUGCCCCGCACCUACUCCCACCUGAGCGAGGCCGAGCGCACCCACUUCCUCGAGCACGGGUGGCUCAAGAUCGAGAACGCCAUCGCGCCCAAGUAUCUGCACGAGUGGAUGGCCAACCUGUGGGUCCGGCUCGGGUACGACGAGCACGACAAAUCCACCUGGAAGGAGGAGUACCUCAAGAUGCCGCGCCACCGCGAGGUGCCGGUGAGCGAGUUCUCGCCCGUGGCCUGGGCCAAGAUGUGCGAGAUUGUCGGCGGCGAGGAGAUGAUCGACCCCGUCCGCGAGCGAUACUAUGGCGACCAGAUGAUCAUCAACUUUGGCAAGGAGGAGCAUAUCGGCGGGACACACGCGCCGAGCACGCUCAAGGGGUGGCACAUUGACAAUGACUGGUACCGCCAGUUCCUCGACUCGUCGGGCAACGCGCUCACCGUCAUCUGCUGCUUCACCGACGUGCUCCCCGACGGCGGCGGCACCUGCCUCGCCGAGGACGGCAUCAAGUCACUCGUGGAACGCUUCUACACCCACCCCGAAGGCAUCGACCCGCCCUUUGACGACAUCUUCGGGCACUGUCUCGAGACCAAGCAGUGGGCGCAGAUCGAGGCCAAGGCCGGCGACAUCUUCGUGACGCACGGCCUGCUGCCGCAUGCCCACACGCCCAACCACAAGCACUACGCACGCGUGAUCACCAACCCGCACAUCAACCUGGCCAACCCGCACAACUUGAACCGCGCCGACGGCGACUAUACCCUCUGCGAGCAGGUCAUCCUGCGCAACCUCGGCCGCACCUCGGUGCCAGAGUACAUCCCGACGCGGGAGCGCAUCAAGUUCUACCCCCGCACGGCAUACUUCAAGCGCGAGCGCGUGCCCGAGGAGCUGAAGCGCAUGAUUGCCGACGCCGAGGCGCGCGGCCUCGACGCGUCGGCCGUCGACAGCGUCUACCUCCGCGGCGAGGACGCCGUCAAGGAGCACGAGCGGCGGAACGGGUACGACAAGGAGAUUGGGCCGACCGGCGUCGUGCGCAACAUGGACCGGAAUUGGGACGUCUUCGAGCCGGGUAUCAAGCGGCACGUGUUGGUCUAG